AUGGAAUUAGUAGUUGCAUUAAUUUCAAGUGGAGAACUUGAUUCUGAAUUACAUUAUGGUCUAUUUUCACAAAAUUGGUGGUUUACUUCAUCAAUAAAAAAAGAUAAUAAUUUAGAAAUGAUGUAUUCAAUUCAAAUUGAUAUGAAAACACAAUCAGGUUAUACUAGUCAAUGUGAUUCAGAUUCAAAAUUAAUAAUAGCAGAAUUAUUAUAUGAUAUAAAAUUUCAUCCAUAUAUAGUUAGUAUAGAAAAUAAGUUGUCAGUUAUGGUUUUUGGUUUGGGUAUUUCAAAAAAUGAAGGUUGGAUGG